GGGCGCGUUGACGGCCGAAGGGCGGGGCGGGGAGCGUGCGCGCGGCUCUCGCGAGAGCUGCCGCGGGUAUUCGCGCGGUGCGCGGCAGGAGCGGCCCUUUCUGCCGGCCCGGCCAUCUUGGCGGCGCGUCUGUGGUACCGCCAGACCCCGCGCCAGGCAGCACCAUGGUGGCCGCGAAGAAGACGAAAAAGUCCCUGGAGUCCAUAAACUCAAGACUUCAGCUGGUUAUGAAAAGUGGCAAAUACGUGCUCGGAUACAAACAGACUCUGAAGAUGAUCCGGCAGGGCAAAGCCAAGUUGGUCAUCCUCGCCAACAACUGUCCUGCUUUGAGAAAAUCGGAGAUUGAGUACUAUGCCAUGCUUGCCAAGACUGGCGUCCACCAUUACAGUGGCAACAACAUUGAAUUGGGCACAGCAUGUGGAAAAUACUACAGAGUGUGCACACUGGCCAUCAUCGACCCAGGUGACUCUGACAUCAUUAGAAGCAUGCCAGAACAAACCAGUGAGAAGUAAAUGCUGUAAAGGUGUUAUUUCUACAAUAAAACUGGUUACAGAUAUCUUUUAAGAAAAAUUUCUAUUAUACCUUUUUUGGUUUUGGGAACAAACUAUAUAAAUGAAGAUUCAUUACCA